AUGAGUUUGGGGGGAAUGGUACAACCAGCUGCUAUGGGCCAAGUGGCAGAUGUUUCUUGUGUUUAUUGUGGAGAUGGGCACACAUUUGACAGCUGUCCAUCAAAUCCUGCAUCAGUUUGUUACUUGGGGAAUCAGAAUAGUCAAGCGGCAUCCUUGAGGAAUCUAGAAACUCAGUUGGGGCAGCUUGCUAAUGAACUACGGAAUAGACCACAAGGCACUUUGCCUAGUGAUACAGAAAAUCCAAGAAAAGAUGGCAAGGAGCAUUGCAAGGUGGUUACUUUGAGGAGUGGCAAAAAUGUGGAAUUAACUGAGGAUAAUUGUGCUAGGAACAGUGAGCCCACUUCAAUCCAAAGUAGUGGGGACAAAGGAGACAAAGCUGUGAAAUCAAAAAUUUUAAAUGAUGAACCUGAAGCAAUUGCUGCAGCAAUUCCUCCGCAAAAUGCUACAGGAGAGCAUAUAAGCAAGCCACCUCCACCAUUUCCUCAACGCUUUCAAAGGCAGCAACAAGAUAGUCAAUUCAGGAGAUUUUUAGAUGUUUUGAAACAACUUCACAUCAAUAUACCGUUGGUGGAAGCAUUGGAGAAAAUGCCCAAUUAUGUGAAGUUUUUGAAAGAUAUUUUGACUAAAAAGAGGAGGCUUGGUGAAUUUGAAACAGUGGCGUUGACUGAAGGUUGUAGCGCUAUAUUGAAGAGUAAAAUUCCUCCUAAAUUGAAGGAUCCGGGCAGCUUCACAAUUCCUUGUUCUAUUGGUGGUAGAGACGUUGGUAGAGCACUUUGUGACUUGGGGGCUAGUAUCAAUUUGAUGCCCAUGUCAAUUUUUAAGAAGUUGGGGAUUGGAGAAGCAAGACCAACCACAGUCACUUUGCAAUUAGCGGAUCGUUCUAUGGCACACCCGGAAGGAAAAAUUGAAGAUGUACUUUUGCAAGUUGAUAAAUUCAUUUUUCCAGCUGAUUUCAUCAUCCUUGAUUAUGAAGCGGAUAAAGAUGUUCCUAUUAUCUUGGGUAGGCCAUUUCUGGCUACCCGGAGGACCUUGAUUGAUGUACAAAAAGGGGAGCUUACUAUGCGGGUGAAUGACCAACAAGUGACUUUCAACUUGUUCAAUGCUAUGAAGUUUCUGGAUGAGGUUGAAGAAUGCUCUAGGCUAAGUGUAAUUGAGUCUAUUGUUGCUGAAAAAUUCCAUAAGGAAGCUUGUAAAGAUGGAGUGGGGGUGAGGUCACUUGAAGAGAUUGAAAGUUUAAGUGAAGAGGAAGAAAGCCAAGUUACAUGGGUGGAGUCAAAGCAGCCCUUUGCUAAAUUCAGGAGGCCUUUUGAGUCAUUGAACUUGUCGGAAGGGAAUUUUAAGCCCCCCAAGCCUUCUAUUCAAGAGCCACCAAAAUUAGAGUUGAAGCCUUUGCCUAGUCACUUGAAGUAUGCUUAUUUGAGAGAUAAUGAGACCUUGCCUGUGAUUAUUUCAGCCAUGUUAGGAGCUGAAAAAGAGAGUUUGUGCUGGCUGUUUUGA